CGCACUUCACAAUCAUCACAAUGGCUUCUACUAGAUAUUCGCCACUUGAGGACGAACUAUUCAGAUUAUAUCGCGAAUACCGGGAAACAAAGUCCAUCGACGCCAAGGCUCUCUUUUUCUCACCGGAAUGUCGUCAGAUAUGUCGCACAGACCCAGACUAUGCCGCAAAAGACCGAGACACCAUUCUCCGCUACCUUCGCGAAUCAGGCGAAGUCCUCCAGAGAAUCUAUCACGAAGCGGGAUGGGACAUCAGUGAAAUGGAUCCAGCUUCCGUGAGAAGCUUUUACACCAUGCGACCCCUUCUCCCGAACGAAACAGAAGAUUUUGCAACGAUCAGGGAAUUAGCUCCUGCUGGCUUCGCGUCUUCGGAGGAGGUUCGCGACAAAGCAGAGGCUGAGACGUGGGAGGGGCUUAGAGUCAAUAUGUGGACGGAGGAUAAUAAAGGAAGAGGGAUUUUGGUCAAAGUUCAGUAUUGGUGGCGGAAAGAAGACGGCGCGUGGAAGCAGAUAUUACAUGAUAUUAUGUUCUUAGGGCCUGUUGAUGGGACGGAGAAGGAUGGGAGAGGUAUCUUGGUAGAGGAGAGAGUCUGAUACCACCAAGCCUCAAUUUAUUAACUGUCUGUGGAAGAAGUGUCCUUUGGGCAAGAAUUAAAA